AGGGGCGGAACUUAACGGUUAUCUAGUCAGAGACUGUAGAAACCGUCCAAUAGCUGGAAAGUACACAGGCCGGCUUCCGGAUUUGGCGGGUUCUUUGUCUCUUCCUGCAGUUUGAGCUCCGGGUCUCGUCUUCGCCGCUCUGUGUCCUGCAGUCCUGGAGAUCCAGUCUUUGUGGCCCUGUGACCUUCAGGUAUUGAGAGAUCCACAGCUGAGACGCCAGGAGCCGCUGGAAACCUAGAAAUGGUGUUCCAGGAGCCAGUCAAAACAGCUACUGAGAUUUUUGCCCUGAACUCAAGGCGGCAGCUGAAUCAGCAGCUCAGAUUUGCCCUGAAAAGUUGCGGUGCAUGUUGGCAUGCGGGGGAUCUCCUGGUCUGUGGGCUGCAAAGAUCACAAGGGAAGCGCAGCAUCGGAACCCGAGCUCUGGAGUGACCGGAUGUCCCCAGCGGCCUCCAUUGGGUAGAAGGGAAUCCCCUCCAGCUCGUUGCAGCUCCCAGGUGGACAUAUCACUUAGAAUGUACUAGAGCAGCUGUAAGAGGGGCUUUCUCAUUUGAUUGUACUCCACUUGCUGUAACACCCAAGAAUGCAGAGCCUGGUUGAUCCCACCUCGAAUCUGCACGGACCAUUGACAUUUAUGGAUGUAACCAUAGAAUUCUCUCUGGAAGAGUGGCAAUGCCUGAACACCGCACAACAGAAUUUAUACAGAGAUGUGAUGCUAGAGAACUACAGAAACCUCGUCUUCCUUGGUAUUGCUUUGUCUAAGCCAGCCCUGAUCACCUAUCUGGAGCAAGGAAAAGAGCCUUGGAAUAUGAAGAGACAUGAGACUGUAGCCAAGCCACCAGUUAUGUGUUCUUAUUUUGCUCAAGACCUAUUGCCAGAGCAGGACACAAAAAAAUUAUUUCCAAAAGUGAUACUGAGAAGUUAUGGAAACUGUGGAGAUAAACAUGUACCACUAAGAAAAGUCUGUGAAAGUGUGGAUGGUUGUAAAAUGCACAAAAGAGUUUAUGGUAAACUUAAGAAAUGUUUGAUGGCUACACAGAGCAAGACAUAUUUAUGUUAUAAAUAUGUAAAGGUCUUUUAUACAUUUUCAUAUUCAAAUAGAUAUAAGAUAAGACUUGCUAAAAAGAAGACUUAUAAAUGUAAAGAAUGUGGCAAAGCUUUUAACCGGUUAUCAAUCCUUACUGCACAUGAGAAAAUUCAUAGUAGAGAGAAACCCUAUAAGUGUAAAGAAUGUGGCAAAGCUUUUAACUGUUCCUCAGAUCUUACUAAACAUAAGAUAAUUCAUACUGGAAAGAAACCCUACAAAUGUAAAGAAUGUGGCAAAGAUUUUAAGUGGUUAUCAAUCCUCACUACACAUGAGAAAAUUCAUACUGGAGAGAAACCCUACAAAUGUAAAGAAUGUGGCAAAGCUUUUAACUGUUCUUCAUACCUUAGUAAACAUAAGAUAAUUCAUACUGGAGAGAAACCCUACAAAUGUAAAGAAUGUGGCAGAGCUUUUAACUGCUCCUCAGACCUUAAUAAACAUAAGAUAAUUCAUACUGGAGAGAAACCCUACAAAUGUAAACAAUGUGCCAAAGCUUUUAACCGGUUAUCAAUCCUUACUACACAUGAGAGAAUUCAUAGUGGGGAGAAACCCUACAAAUGUAUAGAAUGUGCCAAAGCUUUUAACUGUUCUUCAGACCUCACUAGACAUAAGAUAAUUCAUACAGGAGAGAAACCCUACAAAUGUAAAGAAUGUGGCAAAGCUUUUAACCGGUUAUCAAUCCUUACUGCUCAUGAGAGAAUACAUAGUGGAGAGAAACCCUACAAAUGUAAAGAAUGUGGCAAAGCUUUUAACUGGUCCUCACACCUUACUAGACAUAAGAUAAUUCAUACUGGAAAGAAACCCUACAAAUGUAAAGAGUGUUACAAAGCUUUUAACCGGUUAUCAAUCCUUACUACACAUGAGAGAAUACAUAGUGGAGAGAAACCCUACAAAUGUUAAGAAUGUGGCAAAGCUUUUAACUGGUCCUCACACCUUACUACACUUAGGAGAAUUCAUAGUGGAGGGAAAGCCUUCAAAUACGAAGAAUGUGGCAAAGUUUUUAACCAGCCAUCAAGCCAAGAGAAUUUAUACUUCAGAGAAGCUUAAUAUGAGGAAUAUGGAAAAGCUUUUAACCAUUUCUCGAAUCUUAACAAAACAAUUCAUAAUGGAGAGAAAUCCUGCAAAUGUGAACGGUGUGGCACAGGCUUUGGUGUAUUCUUAACAUUUAGUAAACAGAAUUCAUGCUGAUGAGAAACCCUGUACAAAUGUGAAGAAUGUGGCAAAGACUUUUGUGAAUCAGCACUAAGUAAACAAAAUAUUUCAUACUGAAGCACAUGGAAAAGCUUUUUACCAGUUCUCAUCCCUUACUAAACAUAAGCAACUUCAUACUGGAGAGAAUUCUGACGCUUGUGAAGAAUGUGGCAGACUUUUUAACUAGUUCUUAAACCCUACAGAACAUAAAAUAAUAUACAAUGGAUGGAAGCUACUAACCUUAAGAAUGUGACAAAGCCCUUAGUAUAUUGUUAACCAUUUCUAAACAUAAGGUGUUUCAUACUGGAGAGAAUUCCAACAAAUGUGAAAAAUGUGACAAAGACUU